AUGGCAGGCAGAACAUUGUAUGACAAACAUAUUGUACUAUUAUUAAUUGUUUUGCUAAUUACGUUUGAUAUCAAUAGUGAAGAUGUUCCGAAGUGUGAUGGGGACGUUAACGGGUGUUGUGUAGGUUACUUUUGGAACUUUCUUGCUGACAAAUGCGAAGAAUGUGCCCCGGGUUUCACUGGUGUAAAUUGUUCAUCGCCGUGUUAUUAUCCUUCGUAUGGUCGUAGAUGCCAAACAAACUGUAUCUGUAGAAAGGAACUAUGUGAUAUAGCAACAGGAUGUCGAACGGUCACAACGGAUGAUCAACUUACACAAAAAGCCAUUUAUUGGUUUCAUGGUGUGUAGGACUAGUCGUGGUUGUGAUGAGAAGACGCUUAACUGGUGGUUUUAUUUUAUAACAUUCAGGAACUUAAAAGAAAACAACAACGAACAAAUGCGGUUUAUUAAACUAUUAUACAUUGCAAUUAAAACAUUUUAGAAUUCCAACAGUCAUAUUCAAUGGAAUGAUCAUUGCCAAUACUUGU